GUAUCCAGCUCCGUUCGGAGCUUAAUCGAAAUGAGCAAUCGCAGACGGCAUGCUAGCGAUGAUUACGACAUCGACGCUAAAAGACACCGCGGUCUGCCCGAAUACGAUGAAGUAGAGCGUAGGCUCCAAACCCUCAUCAUCAGAGUCGACGAGAGCAGUGCCAACUCUUCAUUAGAGAGCAAUUUGGAAAGUCUCUGCACUCUACUAGAGGCAGAUUUGGAUAAAUAUCGCACAAAAAUCAUAGAAAUCAUCACUUUAUGCGUGUGUCAGUUGCCAGACAAAGUAACGGUGUACUCCACAUUAGUUGGUCUUCUGAAUGCAAAAAAUUUCAACUUUGGUGGAGAGAUAGUCGAAAAGCUGGUCUCUGACUUACAGGACAAGCUCGAAACCGAAGAUUUCGAACAUGCAAUGUAUAUAAUCACGUUUUUAUGCGAUCUCGGUAACAGUCGGGUUCUUACUUUGAGUUCUAUUAUUGAAUUCCUUGAAGGAUUGAUGCAGUCAGCAUUUGAGGAAAAUGUGCCUCAGGCGCGUACAGAUUGGUUUGUCUUCGUUGUUUUACGUGUUUUACCAUGGAUCGGUCUCGAGCUGUUUGAGAAGAAAAAGGAGGAGCUCGAUAACAUUCUUGAAGGCGUCGAAAAAUAUAUGGAGGGCAGAAAGAAAAUCCAUGUCAAGAUGCUUCAAGUUUGGAGUUCAAGCACCCCGCACGAACAAGAAGAUUACUUGGAUUGCCUUUUGGCUCAAAUCAAGUCUUUGAGGAGUAAUGGUUGGAAGGAGAAACAGAUAGCAAGACAUUAUGUCGCUUUCGACGCAGCCCUCCAAGAUGCUUUGCAGCACAAUCUACCCAGCUUUUCACCGCCUGUCCACAUAGAAGGUGCCAGUUACCCAUUACCCAUGGUAGUUUUUCGCCUUUUCGAUUACGCUGAUUGUCCAGAGGAUGGUACCGUUCUGCCUGGCGCUCAUUCCAUCGAGCGGUUCCUUAUUGAAGAGGAAUUGAAUCUGAUUGUUGCUUUUAACGCUGCUGACAGAAGAAUAUGUGCUGAAGAGCUUACAAACUAUGCACGUGGAGCAAACGUUCCCAUCGCGUACAUGAUACUCGAAGUCCUCUUCUCACAGCUGUUUCGUCUUCCGCAUCCACCUCAACCUACUGGUUUUUAUGGGCCUCUACUUCUGGAUCUCUGCAGGCUGCAGUCGUCUACCAUGCCUCAGGUUCUAGCACAGGCAUCAGAGCUGUUAUAUCAGCGUGCCGGUACAAUGCAGCCAUUGUGUCUCGAUAGAUUUGUGGAUUGGUUCAGUUUCCAUCUUUCCAAUUUUGGUUUCCGUUGGUCAUGGGAUGAUUGGAAAGAUUGUCUCACUGCUGACCGGUGGGAUGCAAAGAAGAUCUUCGCUCGUGAAGUGAUAGAGAGGUGUAGGCGUCUUUCCUACUAUGGGCAACUCAAGGAGUUUCUCCCAAAGUCAUUUGCACCAAUGAUUCCACCACCCCCUGAUGUUAUAUGCAAGUUCGAUGGCGAGGAUCAACCUGGUCAUGAAGCUGCCACAAAAUUUACCAAUAUGAUACUCGCUCGUGCCGACGAUAAUGCAGUAAUGGCAGAAAUGCGAGAGGCUGAUGGACGUUAUGAUCCGGAUAUGUUCGGAGUUUUCUUUGCUGUGCUGCUGAAAACAGCCGCUAAAUCGUUUAGUCACACGUUUGUUGCCCUUUCAAGGUAUAGUAAUACGUUGAAAACUGUUGCUGAUACUUCGGACGAGAUGCAGGAAGUACUUUUGUGUUGUCUGUUUCAGUGUUGGAGAAAUAAUCAUCUGAGGAUUAUCAUCCUGGUCGACAAAAUGCUCAAAAUGCAGAUUUUGGACUGUGGCGUCGUAAUUUCCUGGAUUUUCAGUGAGAGUCUUAGAAGCGAAACAGAUAGACAGUGGAUAUGGGAGGUACUCAACACAGCUUUGGAGCGAUUGUCACGUCACAUACACAAAGUUGCGCAUGACGUGAAGAUCUUGCAGAAGAGGGUUGACCGGCAAAAAGCUGAAAACGAAGAGGUGGAGGACACUGACAUGAAAACUCGCGAGCAGGAAGAGUUGGAACAGCAGCAGGAAAAGCUCGAGAACCUCAAAGACUUCCAAAAGUCUCUAUUUCUGGAUGUGCUCCAUAAGUUCACCGUUUUGCUGACGGAAUUCAUUGUUCACUGCGAGACGGAAGGGACAGAUUUCCGUACACCUUACUUUGCAUGGAUCAAUGGACGAUUUAAACAAAUUUUUCUGAUGCAUGGAUCCGAUCUGCAUGAAUUCACUGAUGAUCUCCGACGUGAACUGUUCUCUAGCUCUGACAUUGAUCCCAACGUGUUGGAAACUUUCCAGCAGUUUGUAGCACUUCGCGAAUAAGAAAAAUUGUUGGACAUUGCUUAGCUCUUUG